AUGUGCGCCAGUUUAAACGAUGUCGAAAAGACUGACCCUUACGGGGCCUCACAAAGUGGUUACAAUGACUCUAGCACUGGAAAUGAAGGUGCGCUUCAUGGUAGCAGAUCGAUGCCCGUAAGCAUGAAAAAUAUGUUACAGUCUCCAACGAUGAUUAACAUGUGUGAUAUCCUGCAAAACAAAGAACUUAUCGACGACGAAAAAUUUGUGAUACCAAGCGUGACUACGAUUACCGUGGGGGCUGGUUUUGAAGAUGCCAAGUCCAGUCAAUGUGAGAAAAUAGACCAGAAGAAUCAUAUCAUUGCCCUGGAGAUCUCAAACGGUACAUUCAAAGGCAUACCAUACAAGGAAUAUGCCAAUUUCUUGGGGAGUGAAAACAAUCAUCAAAUUUUAAGUGAGUUUAUAAAAUUAUUGAGUCCUUUACCAUUAUCCUUAUUAGAAACCCUUUUCAUUUUAUCUAAAAGUGUAUAUUUCAUCGCAGAAGCACAAAAUAUUGACAGAAUACUAGAAAUCUUAAGUAAAGAAUGGAUAGUUUGCCAUCCAAAUACUCAUUGGAAAUCAGGCUAUAAGUCGUGCCAUAUUGUUUUAUUUUCUUUAUUGAUUCUGAAUUCAGAUUUGCAUAACAAUUUUCAAGUUGAUCAUAAGAAAGGCAAGUUUUCUAUGGUUGCAUUUAUCAACAAUACGUUGAGAGCACUAAGAGAAGAAAGUGAAUAUGAAGAAUUGAAAAUUUACUCCCGUGAACAUUUGAUCAUCGAGGAACUAUCAGAAUACUAUAGAACGUUAUAUGAAACUCCCUUACCACUAUUUGCGGAACCUAGAACUUCAACUACCGCCUCUGAUAAUCAAUCUUCUUUGGUAAGAUUGUCCACUUUGGAAUCACGAGAGUUUAGCUCAUCGAAUUUGCGUAGUAUCAAUUCAAACUCUACCUCACUGUAUUCAAGAGAUGCUCAAAUAUCAGUACGGGAGAUGGGCGCAAAGUCAAAUAAGAAUUUUCACAAGAAUCUCCCCAUGGAAGCGCUCUACCUUAAGGAGUCAUUCGAUGAGGGUUUGAUAACUCAGAACGACUCCAGUUGGUUUAUGGACGGUUUAAUUCUCAUAAGCAAGAAAUCUUUGCCACGCAAAUAUUUUAAAAGAGAUAGCGAUCAAGCGACAGCAAGUAAGACGACCUCAAAGAGAAGCAAAUCGCUUUUUAGGUGGCUGAAACCAUCUAAAACCAUGACCUUGGUUGACCACACAACCCGGAAGACUUCUUUAUCAUAUUUGAGUAAGGACUCAGAAUGGGAAAGUGUGAAAGUACAAAUCAAGGAGGGAAGAAUGUUUAUCUUCAAAAUUAAAUCCGAUCUUAAGGAAUUAAUUCAUUCUAGUGAAACAAACAGCACUGCGAUAGACUAUUUCAAAGAUAUCAGUAGUUCUUUUUUUGCUUAUUCGUUACUUGAAGCCGAAGCCCAAGUGGUACAAGACAAUAUAAUUAUAGGCAGGGCAAUGAAAUCAAGCAUUUCCAGCAAAAACGGCAAGAGAAAAAAGGGAAACUUCACUGUUAGCUUCCCUGAGGAUAUUAAUGGGCCUAAACUUGUUCUAGAAUUUCAGACAAAAGAUGUUGAAGAAGCACACAAAUUUAUGCAAUGCAUCAACUUCUGGGCGGGCAGGAUUUCCCCCGUCCCUUUAACACAAUUUGAAGUAGUAUCUAAUGCCGAAUAUGGGUGGAGUGACAAGAUCUUGGCUAAUCACGCUUUCCUUGACCUGAAUAAUAUCAUUGUAAGCGAAUGGAAGCCACUAUUAGGGCUAGAACUGUUAUACGAAGAAACCGAAGAUAUGGAAAUGAUCAAGUUAAAAGAAAGGCUAGAUAAAUUGGCGGACUUCACCGAGCAUCUAGGAAUAUCGAUAGAUAAACACAAUGGAAUAAAGGAUAAACUGAUUGAAAUUUGGAGCUUUGAUGACAAAUACUUUGAAGUAGUCAUGAACAAUUGGAAUGCGAAAUAUUUGUAUAUGAAUAAUCAGUACAAGAAGCGACUGAGUUAUCUGACAGCUUUGCAGAGAGCUAUGGGCUCCGCUCAAUUUUAG